GGAGAUUUAGCUGAUUUCUCGGAAUGGAUUUGAGCAGUCGUGCUAAUGGACUGAAGAUUGAAUUAUUGAACUAGUCCAACUGUAACGUAUGGAAGACAUGUAUGCAGUUCUACCUUGUUGGCAAGGAUUUGUGGGAGGUUGUUAAUGAGAGUAAUGCAAGUCCUCCUGGCAAAUCGAAGAACAAAAACACAAUCAAGAAGUGGAAGUAGAUUAAUGCCAAGGUGGAGUUUAUUCGAAAGAGGUCUAUCUCCCAUAGUUUAUUGAUUAUAUUAUAAGGUGUAAGCUAGCUUAUGAAAUAUGGAGGAUCCUCAAUCGAUCGUUCAACAAGAAAGAUGAAGCCCGAUCAUAAAUAUUGGAGAAUGAAUUGGAUAACACCACUCAAGGAUGUUGGUCUAUGGUUAGAAGAAAUAAAUCUUGGCAGCUAUCGUCAGAUAUUCAAAGAAAAUGGUGUUAAUGGAGAGUAUUUGGAGGGGAUGUCUAUGUUCACGACUGAACAGAUUCUCCGGUUUAUAAGAAGGUGCCACAUGAAAUGGGGAGACUUCAUAACGUUGUGCAAGGAGCUGAGGCGGAUAAAAGUGGCUUGCUUGAAGGGAGAGCAAAAAUUCCGGCGACCAUGGUGGGCCCCGUCUUGUAUCUCCGUAGUGUUUAUGAAGACGGCCAAGCGUAACAGGCAGUGCAGAGUGGUUUCACUGAAGCUGGAACCUUGAAACUGAUAAUGCCAAUCUGUGUGUGUUAGUUAAUAUAUUCAGAGGAGAAGUAGAAACUGGCUUCCCUCUGCUUAUUUCCCUCGUAGUAAUUUUUUUGCCCCCUUCUGCUCAAGCAUUUUAUGUAUACGUAACUUUGUAGCCUGCUUUUGCCCUUUGUUUUUAGUAGUUGUGAUGUUUAUAGUUUCAAAUGAAGAAAAGAGAUGACACUUAUGUAAAUUUAGUGUGUAAUGUGUUAAUAGUUUCCAAACUUCCAUUCUACGUUUAGUACUAGCAAUGACCUGCCUGCAGAUUGAAUGUAUGUGAACUCCUGCUAUUACAUGUUUGUUUCUCUC